AUGGGGUAUAUCGAGUUAAUCUCCGAAUGGCCAUGGUACGGUGGAGCAGACAAGGCCGCGAAAGCCUCGACCGUGACGCUGAGACGCGUUAUCUACAUGCUCUUCGACAACUGCAGCAAGGACAUCAAAAAGACUAUUUUGCCCCUUGGCCAUGGAGAUCCUUCCGUCUAUCCUUGCUUCCGCACCUGUAUCGAGGCGGAAGACGCCGUCGUCAACGCCCUCCGCUCCGGCAAAAGCAAUUCUUACUCCGUCACCGAUUAUCUGAACCCAGAUCUUCCGAACAAGCUGACACCGGACGACAUCUUCCUGACAGUUGGAUGCAACCAUGGGAUAGAGCUUGUGUUCGAAUCGUUGGCUCGACAAAACGCAAACAUAUUGCUCCCACAUCCUGGUUUCACUCACUACGACGCUCGUGCUGUCUACAGUGGACUCGAGAUCCGCAAGUUCGAUCUUCUCCCCGACAGAGAAUGGGAGAUCGAUCUCCAAGGCGUCGAAGCCGUUGCAGACGAGAACACUGUGGCCAUUGUUGUGAUUAAUUGA